AUGGCCGGUGUAAAUCCCGCGGCGGCAGGUGGCCCCGUUGGCGGCGGCAUGAUGAUGAUGCCGGAUGGAAGUCCCGCGCAAUCGGCAAUGCCCUCAGACCAGACAAGAGCAAUGCUCAACACCUAUAUCUAUGAAUAUUUCCUCAAGAUUGGAAUGCAUGAUGUCGCCCGCACCCUAUCUCAGCAGCCGGAGAAAUUUAAAAUCCAAGUUGCGACUAAACAGAGCCCCGGGCGGAGGAAGGACGGCGAAGCCAACGGCGUCGAGGGUGAUGCCAUGGAUGUUGACAGUAAGAUGGAUAUCCCCGACGAUCUCCCUCGACCUGCCUUCUCGAGCAGCUCGCCUCAAGGCACUGGCUUCCUACUCGAGUGGUUCGGUAUCUUCUUCGACAUCUAUCAUGCGUCCCGAAAGGGAAGCGCUGGACCAGCUCAGCAGUAUCUGAUGCACGCUCAGAACAUGCAGCGUAUGCGAGAGAAUUCCCAGACGAUGAUGCGACCCGGAAUGAUGAACGCGAAUCAGUACGCUAUGCGGGCCAACAUGCGCAAUGGCAUGGUCAAUGGUGGUGCCAUGCCUGCCGAGAUGGCUAAGCGAAUGACUCCUCAACAGAUGCAGAACAUGAUGCAACAGAAGCAGAUGCAGCAGCAACAGCAACAACAGAUGCAAAGAGAAGGAGGCGAUGUCGACAUGAACGGUCGUCCUGGCACACCUGCUGAAGGUGACAACGGCGGAUCUCCAUCGAAACGCCCUAGGCUAGAAGGACAACAACAAUUCAACGGCAACAUGAUGGCAAAUGGCCGACCCAUGCCCGGAGGUGUGCCUCAGGGUAUGAUGAUCCAGAAUGCCUUCAACCCUCAGAAUAUGAAUCCACAAUUCCGACCCAACGCGGGCAUGCAGGGCCAGAAAGCCCCGAUGCAGCCCGGCAUGGCACCCAACGGCGGCAUGAAUAUGAUGAAUAAUGCCGGUUCGCCAAUGAUGGUCAGCCAAUUUGGUAGCGAUGCCGCCAUGGAAAUGUACAACUCGGGCCGCAUGGGAGGUCAGAUGCAAGGCAACCCUGCGGCGCAAAGCGGCAACCACGCUCUUCAAGACUACCAAAUGCAGUUGAUGCUGCUCGAGCAGCAGAACAAGAAAAGACUUAUGAUGGCCCGGCAAGAGCAAGACAACCAAGUUCAGCGCGACGGAGCUCCAAUGCCAGGUGUGAUGGGUGGUACAGGGAUGUCACCAUCAGGAAGCAGGAGUGGUACCUCGCCCAACCCGGCUGAUCAGAUGAAGCGCACACCUCAGAUUGGUGGCCUGCCAGGCUCUCCAUCUGCCGGCGAGAAUAUGCAGGGCCGAUCACCUGCGGCCAUGGGCUUCAUGAAUGGCUCCAUGCCUGGUGAUGGUUUCAACCCCAUGUUCAUGGGCGACAAGCAAGGCAUGGCAGGACCUGGUGGGCCCAAUAUGCGUCCACCAACAUCGAUGAAUAUGCAAGGUCGAAUGGGUGCCCAAUUCCAGGGCGGCCAGCCCAUGGCUCAGCAGCCAUCUCAGGGUGGACAGCAACCGAUGGGCACUCCCGGUCAACGCAAUGAAAUGCCUCCUCCUCAAGCUCCAGCCGGCAAUGCAAACCGCCAAGCUUCCUCUCCAGCCCAGAGCGGUGGCAAUGCUCCACCAACGCCAUCCCAAACCAAUAAAGCUAAUCCCAAGAACAAGAAGGGCAAGGAUGACGGUGCAGCCACGGGCAAUGCUGCGAACAACAAGAAGAAGCCUACCAAGAAGAAUUCGCAGGCAAAUGCUCCAGGUGACAGUGAGUCUUCGACUUCAACCCAUGGUGACAAUGCGAGUACUAACAUUGGUAACGAAGGUCAACCCGCAGCCGCCCCGGCGAACGCAGCUCCGCCACCUGCACCUGUUCCCCAGAUGCCACCCAACCAAAACCAGAUGCAACAACCGGACAUGUCGCAGAACGCCUCGUUCGACUUUGGUUCAACCGAUCAAAAUUUCAACCUCGACUUCAGCACUCUGGAAAAUACCGAUGUUUUGGAGAACUUUGAUUUUGACAGCUUUCUCAACACCUCCAACGAUGAUGCCUUCAACUUUGAGAAUGGCAUGAAUGGUGUCGACUUUUUGGAUACGACGGGCGAGUAG